AUGGCCAGUUCUAGAAAAGAUUGGUAUACUAAAUUGGAUGAUGCUCUCUGGGAGUACAAAACAACCUAUAGAACCCCUAUUGGUCUUUCCCCAUUCCAGAUGGUCUAUGGUAAGGGAUAUCAUCUUCCAGUGGAGUUAGAACAUAAAGCUUAUUGGGCCUUGAUGUUUCUAAAUUUAGACCUAAAAGCUUCCGAAGAGAAAAGCGAACUACAACUCCUUGACAUGGAAGAAAUGAGAAGGAACACUUAUGAGUCUUCAAGAUUGUACAAGGAACAAAUCAAAGUCUAUCAUGACAAGAAGAUUCAGCAUAAGGAUGCCAAGCCAUAUGGUGCAGUGGAAGAAAUAAGAAUGAAUGCUUAUUGUUUAAUUCUAGGUUGA